AUGGGAGGAAAGAUCUCGAGGCCGAGUUGUUGCUAUCUAAGUAACUGCUGUACCUCAGUGGUAGGCGAGUUUGGAGAUGAGCCUUACUCGCCUACUGAUCAAGUUAUUAGUCGUAUUAUUACAGAACAGGGAAGUGGCACUAAACCCGAAGAUUCUGGAACAGAUGAAUUAGCUAAGGAAGUCCAGCCAUCUAAUGUUGCCGAAUCGGAUAAUGUUGAAGAGUCAUGUAACCGCCAGAUCAGCGAGGUAGGAAGCACACAAUCCUUAGCGUUAGAUGAAUUAGAUACAGAUAUCCAUGGCGUGCCUGAAUCGGAUAAUGUUGAACAGCCCGAGUCCAAUGAGCACUUUACAACAUUCGAUUCAGAUGAAUAUCAUAACGUUCCCGAGUUUGAUAAUGCGAAUGCUGAACCGCCCAUUAAUAUGCCAGAAAGCAUUCAAGAUAUAUCAACCAUCGAAAACGUUGAACCAAGCAACACAUCUUCCUGCAGCGAUCUUGUGGAUGUAGUUGAUACCGGAAGCCUUGGCAGCCUUUUCUCCGAAGAAGAGAGUUUUCUAAACCAUCUGCCAAGAAGGGAUUCUCAACCACGACCCCGAGCAGCCAAGGGUGCAAGAACAGCCCACAAGAUUUCCUCAGAGUUCGUUGCAAAUAUCAGGGAAGAAGAAACAGAAACAGGCAGUAUUUCUUCUAGAAAUCCUUCUGUGAUUUCGUCCGCAGUCGAGAUUCUAUCAAGUCGAGCGCCAUCAACCACCGGGGAGCAUCGACACGAAUCUCGUCAAGGAAGGAGAAGGGCAAGACCAAGGGCAGCCAGGGGUCAGAGAACGGCCCACCGGCUUUCCGAGGAGUUUUUAUUGGCCCCUGAAAGAGAGGAGACUCCAGUAGCAGUAGAACCUGUGUCUGUUGCUGUUCACGUGGAAGAACCCCAGGUGGAGCAAAUUACAAGAACAAAAGUCAAGAAGAUCAGCAUAAAACAAGACGUAUUUGAAGGAGCAUUCGGGACAUUCGGUGAGGAGAGAAUUUGGGUAGCAUCUAAAAAAUCAAACACGCCAUCCAUGAAGAAGUCACCCAAAACCUCAGUCGUAUUUCCAUCUGCGUCUUCGUCACAGCUUGGCGCUCAUGGCUUACCACCAAGAAGGAGAUCACCACCACGGCCAGAAUACUGCUUUGCCUUUGAAGAAACUCUUCCAAGCGAAUCGAUGUUUUUGAUGCCUGGCGAGGAUCUCAGGGAUCACGAGUUUAAUCCAGGGAGACCCCCAAAUAUCCCGGUUCCUCCAUCCCACAGUUCGGGAGCAUCUGCACUUCUACCUGCUGUUGAUUUUGUUCUUCCGGGGUGUGUGCCUGACCCCCCUCCACCACCAAAGACCAGGUUAAGCGUCACUGUUAUCACCAAGGAAGCUGAACAUGAUUUGGAGCAGAAUUUCGCCAGAUCAAAGAUGUAUCAGCCUGCAGAUAAAACAGCGAAGAAAAAUAUGGUCGUGAAUAUAAAGAAAAUGACAAGAACCGAGAAAGAUCCCGACCUCGCUCGCAGGAUCCAAGUUUUACCACAAAUGGAAGAGAAACAUAAACAACUGAUGGGGAAUGCCGGAAACUUCACUUUUUCCAUCGGUUGA